CCUCUCCAAAGUAGUGGGGAAUCCUGUGCGUAAUUCCACUGCAGCGCACAACCGCACACGAUGACCGCAAAAGCAGAGCUUCCGGGCUGGCCAGAGUACCCGGAGGACCUUGCCCUGCUGCAGCAGAGAAACUUGGCUCACAUCAGCUCAAAAAGUUGGAUUUCAUCUAAUUCGGUCCGCGCCUUUACGCGGAGGGAAGCGCAAGCUGCAGCGGAGGCGGGGAUUUCACUGGAGAAACUCGGGCCGGUGGGGAAAAUCCACGAGUGCGCUUCCACGGAGACAGGCCACGCACGGGCAUCUGAUGGAGACAGGGGGGGCAGUUUAGGGCCCCAGAGACACCGGCGGGUCGCAGCCAACGCCAGGGAGAGGAGGAGGAUGCACGGUCUGAACAAAGCUUUUGACGAGCUCAGGAGCGUCAUCCCAUCUUUGGAAAACGAGAAGAAGCUAUCAAAGUAUGACACCCUCCAAAUGGCGCAGAUUUACAUCACGGAGCUGUCUGAGCUCCUGUCCGGCGUGGUUCAACAGGAGUCCAGGGGCCCCCGCUCAGCGUCUGCAGAUAAGACCUCCAGGAGGAGUUUGAUUCAAUCCCUCCGACCAGAGCAGGCAGAGCAGCCUCCAAUCCUGCUGAACGCAGAGGAGCAGCAGCAGAGAGACCCAUCCAUCAACCACCUGAUCAUACUCAGACCUCCAUCUCUGUUAGAGUCAAAUAAAUCAGAGGCCUCCAACAGCAGCGAUGAUGAAUCCUCAAAUCUCAGCGACAUGGAGGACAGUGGAAGUGGGAGACAGUGACAGAAAACCAGUUACCUCUCACUGGUUCCCACAUGUUCAUCUGGCAGUGGAGAACAGCUGUCACCUCUGAUAGAUUAGAUGAUGCACUGCUGGAUUUCUAAAGUGAAGGACACUCAUUCAUUCUCAUUUCUCUGAGAUCCUGAUUUGGUUUCUUCUUAAUGAACUAAAAAAGGUCUUUAUUUGCACUUUAAGGUCCUGAACAACAAGUAGCGGCAUUUUCCAGAGUUACUGGUUGGAUUCUAGCUUUUAUUUCUAAAUAAAACAAGUAUUUUUCUAUUUAAGAAUAGCUUAUGUGUAUUUUAUGAGGGAUGUUUUUGCUACAAUAAAGAUUUAAUGAAGUACUGCGUGUGCAUUUUAAUUUAUUUUUGUAUAAAUGACUGCAAGCCAGAUAUAUGCAUAAAUUCUCACCAGAAAAUGCUUUAAAACAUUACAUAUAAUAGUAAACAUACCAUGUUUUAUGAGAAAAUAAUACAAUAAUCAUUCAUUUACAACAUUUCUUUAAAUAAAAGAAGUAAGCUCUUUGCAAUGGUAUUCAAACAUAUUCUGCUUUUACUCAUUAUAACAAAAAAUUGAAAGUAUCUAUUUGGGAUUUUUUAGAUAGAUCAACACAGAUGUGACUUUGUAGAACCACCCAGCAGCAAUUAGAAAAUCUUUUGGGAAAUUUCUGUCUUACAAAAAAGCUUAAGUUCAGUCAGUUUAGAUGGAAAAUCUACAUUUUUACUAAUUCAAUUCAGCCUGGACUUUGACUAGGCCAUUCUAUUAAAAAUAUGCUUUGAUUUAAGUUCCAUAGUUGUUCUGGUUUUAUACUUAAACUUGCUGAUGAGAAGCGAACCU